CAAUAAUCGUUCUUUCAAUUUUAUUUGAAUGGUGGUGGAUAUUGGAGCGCCGCCUUAGAUACAAGCACUGACCCAUUAACCAAGUUAAACAACAGAUAUCUAUAGCAACUUACUCUAGAACCUAACAGAAACCAACUCAACGCAGUCUUGAAUCCAGUAUCGGCACACUCUCUCUUUCCUUAUAAAUUGCAGAGCAAUAUGCUUCAUGGUUCAGAAGAACGGCCACCUAGGUCUCUACGCUAUGUCGAAGAAGCGUUUGCUCAAAUACAGAAGAAGAAAAACAUUCGCGAUAUACUAAUUUUGAACGAUCGGGGACAUCCAAUAAAAAGCACUAUGGAUCAGGAUGCAUCUGUGGAGUUCGCAGGACUUUUUCAAGCCUUGCGAGGGAGGUUAGAGAGAGGAAUGAAAAAAAUAGAUGCAAAAGACGAAUUGGUAUUAAUGCGAGUACGCACCAAGAGUCAUGAAGUUUUAUUAACACCAGAUUCGAAAAUAACCAUAAUUGUGGUGCAGAAUGCAUUUGAUAAUUUUGAAAAGAAAAUUGUAGGAAUUGAUAGGCAUAAAUAA